AUGUCCUGGCAAUUUAAGCUCGCUUCCAGCGCGCGGGCGUCUCCGCUGCGGGCUUGCGUGACCCGGCCGACUAAGGGCCUCCUACUUCGCCCGACCGCACGCGGCCCUGCGGGGGGAUUCUCCGCUUCCUCAGCGCCCACCAUGACUCAGACUACCGUCUCUUAUGCCACGCGGACCCUAUCCACCACCGCAAACUCCAAAUGCCUCAACAUUGAUAACAUGAACCCUUACAUCAAGGCGGCCAAGUACGCUGUGCGUGGAGAACUUGCCGUCAAGGCCGAGGAGUACCGCCAGCGGUUGGCCGAUGGCGACAAGUCGUUGCCCUUCGACAGUGUCAUCUUUGCCAAUAUCGGAAACCCCCAGCAGCUGGACCAGAAGCCCAUCACCUUCUUCCGCCAGGUGCUCAGUCUCGUCGAGAACCCUUUAUUGUUGGAGAAUCCCGAGGCUUUGAAGACCUCAUUCGGAUAUAAGCAGGAUGUGAUCGACCGCGCGCAGACCCUGCUGGCCAGCGUGCAGAGCGUCGGUGCCUACAGUCAUAGCCAGGGUGCUCCGGGCAUCCGCAACAGCGUCGCCAAGUUUAUUGAGGAGCGCGAUGGCUUCUCCGCCAACCCGCAAGACCUGUUCCUCACUGCCGGUGCCUCGUCCGGUGUGAGCUCUCUGCUCAAUGUCAUCUGCAAUGGCCCCAAUGCAGGUGUCCUGGUUCCCAUUCCCCAGUACCCGCUGUACACUGCCACCCUGGCCCUUCUUAACGCACAGUGUGUUCCCUACCAGCUCGAUGAGCAGAAGGCGUGGGGAACCGACGUCAACGUCAUCUACCAGUCCAUCAAGGACGCCAAGGCUGCUGGCACCGAUGUCCGCGCCGUUGUUGUGAUCAACCCUGGUAAUCCCACUGGUGCCUCCCUGAGCCCGGAUGACAUUAAGAAAGUGAUCGAUGUCGCCGCAGAGGAGAAGUUGGUCAUCAUGGCCGACGAGGUAUACCAGACCAAUGUCUUUGAGGGCGAGUUCAUCUCGUUCAAGAAGCGCCUGCGCCAAUUGCAGCAGGAGCAGCCCGGCAAGUACGACAAUGUGGAGCUGGUCUCCUUCCACAGUACCUCCAAGGGUAUGGUCGGUGAAUGCGGCCACCGUGGUGGUUACUUCGAGUUGGUUGGAUUCGACCCCCUGGUCCAGGAGCAGAUCUACAAGCUCGUCAGCAUUGGCUUGUGCCCGCCGGUCGUUGCGCAAUGCCUCCUUGAGACUAUGGUCAACCCGCCCCGACCCGGUGAGCCCAGCUACGAGCUUUACCAGAAGGAAUACAACGGUAUUCGGGAUGGUUUGCACAAGCGUGCUCUUGCUCUGUACGAUGCCUUCCGGCGCAUGGAGGGUGUUGAGUGCCAGAAGCCCCAGGGUGCUAUGUACCUCUUCCCCACCAUCAAUCUCCCCUCUAAGGCCAUCGAGGCCGCCAAGGCCGAAGGUCGCCCCGCUGACGAGUUCUACUGUCUGCGCUUGCUCGAUGCCACUGGUGUCUGCGCCGUUCCGGGCUCCGGUUUCGGCCAGAAGGAGAAUACCUUCCACUUCCGCACUACCUUCCUCGCCCCCGGCACUGACUGGGUCGAGCGCAUCGUGAAGUUCCACACGGAGUUCAUGGAGCAGUAUCGGUGA